AUGGCACUGGUUCUUUUCCUAGAGAUAGUCUCCCUUGCUGUUGGGCAGGUCCGUCAACAAGACCUAAACCUGCUCGCUGAGAAUGGCGUCCCCGUCACCCGAGCCUUCCGAACCGUGACCUCAAAAAGACCCCCGGUUGAGCAUCUCGUCUUGCCGAACGCCUUUCUUCGUACCCUUCCACGGAGUAUGAUGGACAUCGAAGCAGAGUUUUCAGAGACAAAUGCAACCCAUGGGGAGAUUCGUGUCCGACGAGCAUUGACCGGACCCUGGGGCUAUGGCGUCUUUGUGAACCUGGCUUCGCCAUGCGUCGAUACCGGAGCUGCGAUCCACAGAAAAUCUCAACAAGCACUUGUCCUUUUACUUGUCUUUGCCGAGCGGCCUUCCUUUGACCGACUGCCGUCCCUGUCGAAUGAACCGGUAUAUCCAUGCAUGAUUAGGGCCUCGCGAUAGUCGUUCGCGUCGACUAUAUUGCAGGGUGAGAUAAUUGGUUUAUACAUGUUACGGACAACGCCUCGAAAAUAUCGUCGGUUUGAGAGCUCACCCAAUUCACCUCGUACGAAUCCGCCUCAGCAUCCUCUAUUUCAGGCACGCACGUUGUUAUAUCAUCCUCAACCCAGGCCCCGGUAAAAAUGCUCACCCUUCACACCCAAGUUGCUGCUGCCCUUCACCAAUGCGCUCGGUGAAAUGCAGUGAUCGGCCAUGGUGAAUGCAGAGAAAAGAUUGGAGACGGUGGGAAGGUUUCCGAG